AUGGAUGAGUCGUAUUGUUCUGACGCACCUAGCACGCAAAGAGUAAAGAAGUCAAACGGGACAGGCGAUAUGACUAAUUAUUUAAAUUCAAAGAGAGUUAGCUCAAGCAUAUCAGAAAAGGUAAAUGGUUUUCAUAAUAAUAAUCCUCGAAUAGAUAAACAUUAUGAAAAAAGAAAGAUGAAAAAGCAUGGCAAUAUACAGGAGUCCAACAAUGUAGUAGAAAUGCCAAACAUAAGCAAUAAAAAGGGGGAAAAAGGAAAAAAAUAUUCCAAUGAUUUAAGAAAUCAUAUAAGUGAUAAAGAGAAUAUAAAAAAGAGCAAAGCGAAUAAAACAAAAGACAAUAAUUAUAAUAUUCCCGAUGACAACAACCCAAAUAGCAUUAGUAAAAGUAACAACAGGGGUGCUCAAACUCGUACGAAGAGUAAUGAAACCAGUGAUAGUAUAACCAACAGUGUAGUCAAUCGGGAUCACAUGACCACGUUCGACAAGCCUAGCAAUAUGGUCAGAAGUAGCAAUACCAAUUCAAAUAAAGGAGGUAAAGUUGUCAACGGGAACACCGUAAAUGCCGAUAAUGCGGCAAAUGUUGUUAAUGCUUCUAACGGCGUAAAUGCCGCGAAUACUGCGAAUCCUGCGAAUAUUGCGAAUACUGCGAAUACUGCGAAUACUGCUUAUACCGCUAACGCUGCUAACGCUGCUAACGCUGCUAACCGUGAGAGGGGGAAAAGAGUUAGCAGCAGCAAAUGUGAACACACAGUGGGAAACAGCUACGAUAGGAAACCCCCCGAAGUGGUACCAGAUUGCAGGCACAAUGAAGAGCUUAAAAAUGAAGAAAAAUUAUUUGAAAAUGAUGACGAAAGUUGUCAGGAAAAUAGCUGCUUGCCAUACUUGAAUGGAAAAGGUGAGGAUGCAGGAGAAAUGAAAAUAAAUAAAGAAAAAAAAAUUUUAAAUAAUUUUCAAAAUUCAUUUACAAGAUCAGAUAGCACAAAUAGUAAUUUACUUAAAAUAAGUCAGAAGAGCGAAGAAUGGGAAGAUUCCAAAAAAUGGAGCUUUUCUCUUCUUUUUACAAGUAUAAAAUCUAUGGUUGUACAAAAUUAUAUUUAUGUAGCUAAAAAAUGCGGAACACCCAACCAGCCAAAUAAACCUGGUCCCGUUUUGGCUAUAAGUAUAGAAAAAGAAAAACAAUGUGAAUCAAAUAAUAUAAUAGUUCAAACCCCACGUGCCUAUGAAAAAUAUACGCUGACUGGAAAACUGAUUCAACAUAAAAGUUUAUAUCCAUGUACAAUUACUUGUAUGAUAUAUGGUAGUAUAGGUGGUAUAGGCAAAGUAGUUAUCUUAGGAGAACAAAAUGGUUUUGUCUUAAUUUAUAAAAUUGAAAAAUUUGAAUGCAUAUUAAAAUUAAAUACGAAGGAGUGCCUUAAGCAUUAUUUUGCUAAUUCAACUACAUUUAGAAAAACCAUGAGUAAUAAUAUGGACAUAAAAGGUAGGAUAAAAAAUUUGUAUAAUACCAAGAGUGACGAAAAUAUAAAUCGCCUGAACAAGUUCAUGCAUGAUUUGCCGAACAGUAAAUGGGAUGAUAUAUAUAAUGAUGAAGAUCAUAAUAAUAACAGAGAUUUGUCCUAUCAAAUUUCAAGUAUUUCUGUUAAGUCUACUUUUGCUAAUUUUAUUCAUUGGGUUAUCGCUGGUAAUAUGAAAGGACAAAUAUUCGUAUGGGAGGUCCCAAGUGGCAGUAUCAUAAAAAUUAUUAUUAAUCCGCACCAUAUGUUUUGCGAUAUUAAAAACGGUAGAAGUUCCUCGAACGAGGACUACUCUAGUUCAAUCGACAGCUGCAGUUACAGGGAAGGGGGGAAGAGUAAGGGGCAGAAUAAAGCGAGAAAAAAAGAUAAAGUUAAAGAGAAGGAAAAACAUGAAUAUAAGGUUGACCAUAAAGACAAGGUUGAUGGUAAAUAUAAAGUUGACCAUAAAGACAAGGUUGACCGUAAAGACAAGGUUGACCGUAAAGACAAGGUUGACCGUAAAGACAAGGUUGACCGUAAAGACAAGGUUGACCGUAAAGAUAAGGAUAACCAAAUGGAGAAGGAAAAAAAAAUGAGGAAAAAAAAAAAAAAAAAAAAAAAAAAAUCUUUCCAAGAAGAUACACAAAAUAGCGAAAAAAUGGAAAAUGUUCACAAUCAGAAAGAAGAGGAAGAAAUGGAAAAGGACUCGAGUUAUACUAGUAAUGCAGACAACGAAGAAGACGAUAAAGGGACAGUGGAUGACCUUACUGAGGAGGAAAACUCAAGCGACGAGUACUCUUCUCAGAAUUAUUUAAUCGAUUCAGAUGAAUACCAAUCCGAAGAUUGUGGUAGAAAGAACUUCAAAAAGAAAGAAGAGAAUGGAAUGAAAGAAAAUGGUCAAAAGAAAACAAAAAAAUUAAAAGAAUUAAAAAAAUCAAAAAAAUCAACAAGAACCAAACAUGAACAGGAAAAAAUGAAAGCAUCAAAUACGUCAUACGUAUCAGCAAUACUAGCAGUUACACACAAAUAUGAAUUAUGGGUAGCAUUCGGUAAUGGUUAUAUAGCAGUGUAUGACUUGUAUGAUUUUCAACUACUUCUUUAUACAUGUAUUUCAAAAAGUCCAAUAAUGGAUGUAAUAUAUUCUAAAAUGUUAGAUGAUGUUUUUUUAUUAAUUGGCAAUAAUUACAUAGCUGUAUGGGACACGAAAACAUUAAAACAAAUUAAAAAAAUAGCUACUUCACAAAUUACAAAAAACUCUUCAUUAUCUACUCUUUAUCUGUUAGAACCUCCAAAUUCUUGGAUUAACAAAAAGAUAGUUCUUAUAGCUGGGUGUAAUGAUGGAUCUCUAUGUGUAACAAAUAUAACUAAAAAGAUGGAUGGUGAUUUAACCUUUUCCUAUGUUAAAACUUAUGAUAAACGUUUUGAACCAUAUGUACCAGUUACCUACAUAUAUAUAGAGCCUAGUAUUAACGCAGCCUUUGUCGGUGAUGCUAGUGGUAUGGUUUUCACUCUGCCCAAAAUUCUAAGCACCAUAAAAUAUGACCAUGUUUCUAAGUGA